AUGCCGUUUCUGGGGUUGCAAGGAAAGCGUCUCCUUGGGGGCAUCGCCUGCUCUGCAGGCAUGGGCUUCAUUCUGUUCGGCUAUGACAACGGGGUAAUGGGCAGCGUUCUCGGCUCAGACUCCUUUGAAGCGGUUUUCCAUCUGGACUCAACUAUGUCUGGAACUGUGACAGCCAUGUUCGAACUAGGAUGUAUCAUUGGAGCGUUUGUUGUUAGCCUGUUCGGCGAGCCAUUUGGGAGACGCCAAGUGAUCCAGGCCGGUGCUCUACUCAUCUGUAUCGGCGCGGCGAUACAAGCCAGCAGCUAUUCAUCGGCCCAGUUGAUCGUGGGACGCAUUGUGGCUGGUGCUGGGAUGGGAUUCAUUACCAGUAUGGUUCCAGUGUGGCAAGCAGAGACCUCUCCGCCGAAUUUGAGAGGUGCUUUGGUUGCCUCGUCGCUAUCAUUUGUGCUACUGGGACAGGCACUGAUGCCGGAGUCUCCUCGUUGGCUUUUUCUGCAUGAUCAAGACGAAAAAGCGAUAGAAGUACUCGCCGCUCUCAAGGGAGCAGAUCCGAAUGACGAACAAACGUCGGCACAAACAGAAGAGAUUCGCGCAGCGGUGAUACUCGAAGCCUCUGUCCAAAAAGGAUGGCUUGACAUGUUCAAGAAUGACGGAGUUCAUUCACGACAUCGUGUGCUUCUAGCUAUGCUCGUGCAAUUCCUCCAGCCAUUUUCAGGAAGUGCAGUGAUUUCAUACUACCAGACUGUCAUUUUUCAAUCUUCUAUUGGCAUGCCCAGGAAAGAAGCACAGCUGAUGUCCGGGCGGCCCUUGUUCCUUACUUUCUCAGUUGCCAUGGGCUGCGCGAUGCUUGUCCUUGCUGUCAUGGUCAAACUCGCUACGCAUACGUCGGGCAUUGUGGCGGCGGUCAUGAUCUUCUUGUUCGAGGCGUUCUUUACAUGGGGUUGGCAAGGAAACGUCUGGUGCUAUGCGGCUGAAAUCGUGCCGCUCGAGUGCCGAACCAAGGCGAUGGGACUUGCAACUGGGGUUCAGUGGACGAUGAAUUUCUUGAUGAUCUAUGUCACUCCCAUUGGGUUGGCGAAUAUCGGGUGGAAGAUGUACAUCAUUUUUGCAUGCUUUAACCUUGCGUUCUUUCCUGUUGUAUAUUUUCUGUUCCCAGAAACUGGGGGUCUGUCGCUAGAGUUGCUGGACGUCGUUUUCAUGGACGAUACGACUUCGCCUGUGAAACGUGCAGCAGAGCUUCAGCACAAGAUCAAGCUCGGAGAAACAGUCCAGUUUCAGAAUGAGCUCGAAAUGUGCAAUGCGGAAAUCAAGGCAACUGCCGAGAGUGUGGAGAAUGUCGAGCCAAAUCACUUGCCAUGA